AUGACCAGGCCUGAUAUAUCAUUCUCUGUUAGUGUUGGCAAUGCGAAUUGGGCAGGUGAUGCAGGUGAUACGAGAUCCACCUCUGGUUAUUGUGUUUUUAUUGGUGGAAAUCUCAUCUCUUGGAAGAGUAAGAAACAAAGUAUUGUUGCUAGAUCAAGCACCGAAGCUGAGUAUCGUGUUAUGACUCAUACUACGUGUGAGCUCUUGUGGUUGAAGCACUUACUUCAGGAGUUGAAGUUUUGUGCGAUUACUCCUAUGAACUUAGUAUGUGACAAUCAAGUAGAUGAUGUGCGGGCUAUAGGAAUUUAUGGGAUUGGAGGAAUUGGGAAGACAACACUUGCUAAGACAGUUUAUAACCAUAUUUCUAAUCAGUUUGAGGGCAGUGCCUUUAUUGCAAAUGUUAGAGAAAUUUCUAGUAAUAGAUUUGGCAUAGUUCAACUGCAAAAAGCACUUCUUUCAGAGAUUUUGAACUGCAGAGAGUUUAAAGUAGGAAACAAGGAUAGAGGGAUUAAUCUGAUAAAGAACAGGCUUUGUAGUAAAAAGGUUCUUAUAAUUCUUGAUGAUGUCGAUUCAUUGGAGCAACUGGAAUCACUGGCAGGAGAAUAUAGUUGGUUUGGAUCAGGAAGUAGGAUCCUCAUAACAACAAGAGAUGAACAUUUGCUAACUGCGCAAAAUGUGGAAGGAGCCUACAAGGUCAAGGAGUUAAGUCAUGGAGAUGCUCUUGAGCUCUUUAGUUGGUUUACUUUCAAAAAACCUUGUCCUCCAACAAAUUUUGAGGAAGUGUCCCUCCACAUAUUAAACUAUGCCAAGGGCUUGCCAUUGGCCCUAACUGUUUUGGGGUCCUACCUGUGUGGUAGAGACAAAGCAGAAUGGAUUAGUACAUUAGCUAAACUGAAAAAGAUUCCAAAUAAACAGAUAUAUGAAGUUCUGAAAAUCAGCUUUGAUGGGUUGGAGGAGACUGAAAAGGCCAUCUUUCUGGAUAUUGCUUGUUUCUUUAAGGGAGAGGACAAGGAGUAUGUGAAAAUGAUACUAGAUGGUUGUGACAUGCACUCAGAUAGCGGUAUCAGAGUUCUAAUGGAUAAGUCUCUGGUUACUGUGGAACUGAACAAACUUUGGAUGCAUGACUUUUUGCAAGAAAUGGCUAAAGAAAUUGUUCGCCUCGAAUCCCCCAAUGAGCCUGGUAGACGUAGCAUACUAUGGUUUCCGGAAGAUGUUCUUCAUGUGUUAAACCUAAAUACGGUAAUCUCUAGGGACAUAUUUAUGCUAAUAUCAAAAGGUUCAGUUCUGUGUUUCAUUCAAGUACUUAAUUAA